AUGGUCGUCCCCUCCUUCAUUCUACUGGUACUCGGCUGGGCACUAUUAUGCCCCCAGUUGUUUGUCCUCGCACAAUCUCAAGCUCUGAAGGAUUGCAUAGUUAAAGCACUCAAUGGCAAAUCCAGUCGGGCAGCGUUUUCAAAUAAAUUCCUCUUCGAUCUCCUCGAUGUCAAGAGGUACAACCUGGCCUACGACACUGACCCCAUAGCGAUAACGUAUCCGGAGACCGCCAAAGAAGUGAGUGGGGUCGUCAAAUGUGCCGCCGCUGCCAAUGUUUUCGUCCAGGCCAGGAGUGGAGGCCAUUCAUUUGGUAAUUAUGGUCUUGGGGGAGACGAUGGAGCAGUCGUGGUGGACACGAAAUACUUGAACAAACUGACCUUUGAUCCUUCGGAUAACACUGCACAUCUCGGACCUGGAAAUCACCUCGCGGACGUCAAUGAGUUCCUACUCGAAUACAAACGGCUCGUCCCUCAUGGAGAUGCACCUCAGGUCGGAGUGGGUGGUCAUUACACCAUUGGAGGCCUAGGUCGUAUAUCUCGCCAGUUCGGAGCUGCUACCGAUCAAAUCAUCGACGCCGAGGUCGUUCUAGCUGAUGGUUCUAUCAUCACAGCCUCUGACACCGAAAAUGACGACAUAUUCUUCGCUAUCCGUGGUGCCGGAGCUUCAUUUGGUAUCGUGACCGACUUCCAUGUCCGGACACAUCCCGCUCCCGGCAAUGCCAUUGCCUAUACCUAUAAUGUCACUCUUGGAAACGCUGAAUUACAGGCUUCGGCGUUCAAAGCCUGGCAAAAGUUGAUCUCGGACCCUAAACUUUCCGUCAAGAUCUCGACCCAAUUUAUUGUGUUCCCCUUUGGCUCUAUCAUCACAGGUUUCUUCUUUGGUACCGAAAAGGAAUUCAGUGCUCUGAACAUCCAAUCUGCGAUACCUGGACUCAAACCAGAAAGUGACAUACGGGUAGUGGAUGCUGCGGUCGCAGUUGGACACGAUCUUUCAGAGUUGGGACUUGACCUUUUCGGCGGACUUCCCACCAACUUCUAUUCGAAAUCUCUUGCAUUCACAGAAAAGACGCUCAUGUCAGACAAAGCCAUCGACGCCAUGUUCAAAUACUUUGGCGCAGCAUCGACGAAUCUAGAACUUCUCGGUGUUCCCUGGUUUGUGAUUUACGAUCUUGAAGCAGGGAAGAUCAACGAAGUCGCACAGGACGCGACGGCAUAUGCGUUCCGCGAUGCGAUCUAUUUCCUCCAGAGCUAUGCAGUCGACAUUCUGGGCAUCUUCACCAAGCAACAGCGUGGAUUCCUGGACGGCCUGAACAAGGUCAUCAUUGACAACAAUCCGGACGUGGAGGGCAGCUAUCCCGGGUAUGUCGACCCUUUCCUACCAGAUGCACAGAAGCAGUAUUGGAGGGGAAAUCUGCCUAGAUUACAGGAGAUCAAAGCGAAGAGAGAUCCCAAGAAUCUCUUCAGAAAUCCCCAGAGUGUCAAAGCGAAGUAG